CAACAGUCCCACUCUGAUGUAAAUAUAAAUUCCGUUUUCUGUUUUCUUCGGAACCAAAUUAAAAUACUACUUUCGACUUCAACCCAAACAAGACUGCCAGAAGAGAAGAGCAAAUACAAAGCUAUCAAUUUAAUUCCAAAGAAAAAAGAAAAGAAAGAAAGAGAAAUUUCAUUUCAGUUUAAUGAGUAGCCACUCCUCUAAUUACCCCAUCCUCUCUGCUUCUUUCAAUCAAGAGAACACUGGUUUUGCAGUUAGCACGCGAGAUGGCUUCAAAAUACUCGAUCCUAAUACGGGCCGGCUCUGUUAUGAAAGAGGUGUAGGAGCUUUUAUUAUAGUUGAAAUGCUUUACAGUUCUAGUCUUCUUGCGAUUGUUGGUGCUGGUGAACAGCCUUCUUUAUCGCCGAGGCGUCUUUGUUUGUUCAAUACUAGCACUGGAACUGCUCUGCGUGAAUUGAAUUUUUUGACUUCCAUUCUUGCUGUUCGUUUGAAUAGAAAAAGGCUUGUGGUUCUUUUGCAAGAAAAAACUUUCAUUUAUGACUCAAAUACGCUUGCAAUAUUGGAUACUAUUGAUACAGUUCCGAAUGUAAAAGGGCUUUGUGCAUUUUCCCCUAGUUUGGAUGGUUGCUUUUUGGCUCUUCCUGCAAGUACAACCAAAGGAUCAGUUUUGGUGUACAAUGUCAUGGAACUUCAGUCACAUUGUGAGAUAGAUGCUCAUCGUGCACCAUUGGCUGCAGUGGCACUUUCUUCGAAUGGAAUGUAUAUUGCGACAGCAUCUGAACAGGGAACCAUUAUCAGAGUUCAUCUAGUUCAAGAAGCAACUAAGUCAUACAGUUUCCGUAGGGGGACAUACCCAUCUACAAUAUUUUCCUUGUCAUUUGGACCUUCAAAGCAGCUUCCAGAUAUUCUUGUAGCUUCAAGUUCUUCAGGAUCUGUUCAUGUCUUUUCACUGGGGUUUACCAUUAAUCAGAGAAGUAGAAGAUCAAGUAGCUUCCUUGGGUCAAUAUUACCUGAUUCUGUAAAUGAUGCUCUGGAUCCAGCUCAUCAUCACGUGCUUCAUAAUGCUGUUCCAGCUGGAGUAAAAAGCAAAAGGGAACACAUUUGUAUUAAUGUUCCUAGGAUAUCUAAGGUCAUCUGGUACAGUUAUGUGGUAGUGCGCAAAGUGGAUGAGGUUACUGACACAUCAUCAACUGAAUUUCUUGUUUUUCGAGCUACCCUAUCGAUAAUAACCUUUAAUGGGUACUUCCAGGAGUACGUUAUAGAUAUUAACAAUCAAAAUGAGUCUAAGUGGAGUUUGGAGCACGAAUUUAAUCUUUUGACGGUGCUAUCAGCUAAUCUCAGGAGAAGAACAACAUUUUCAGCUGGUCUGAUAUGGUUUUGCUGUUGCUGACAAAGCUAAACUGUUGCCAAAGGUAGCAGUUAUCAGCCAGGACAGAUGACCAGGACUUGCAAAGUGUUAAUAACAUGUAAGCAAGCUAGAAUCUUUUAGGUGUGUAAAUGCAUAUAUAUAACCUGAAAUCUGCAAAAUAUUGGAAUUGAGCCAACUUCGGUCCUGCCUCAGCUUUUGAUAAUAUAUUGAUUGGUUUAUAUAGGUACUUAAAACUUUUAAGUUAUUGAAUAUAUGUCUCACAUUCUUUAGUUGGAUAA